CCUUUACUCGACCACUUGUGUUUCUCUGCAUCUUCCAAAAUGCACAAUGUCAUUUUACCAUCCGUCUCAGUAGUUUUUCUAACACAAGCUAUGAGGGGAUCCCUAUGAAAAUCAGAUGGUAACUGAAUCAUACCAAACUUUUCAGAUCUGACAUCAAAGCUCAUUACAACCCAAACAUCUGUACCAUAAACAUAGGCUAUAUAAUAUACAACCCCCUUGAUGCACCGACCCGAAGUAUGGUAGUCAGAACAAUGCGUAGGUUUAGUUUUGACAGUUCUCCAUGAUUCUUGAGCUGGUCCCAAUGUUAAAACCCGACACACAUCAGAACUUCUUCUAAAAGGCAAGCACAUUACUUUGUGUUUACCUUCGAUGGGAUCAUAUCCUAAGAAAACUGUUAGCCGCUCCCAGCUCUUUCUAGGUUUAGGUAAAGUUAAGCACUGCCUCUUGCUAGGGUUACAAACUAUUGGCGUUGCUGAUUCUUGAAAGCAGAUCAAGCCAUGGACAGAUUCCGUAAGGGGGAAGUUAUUAUGUAAUAGGAAUUUCAAAUGAUAACGAUCAAUAGGCUGAGAAGAAGAGUAAGAUUUGUUCGAAUCCUGAAGUGAAUGAUGAUGUUGCGGAAUCGAGGAAACAAACAAAUUUUCAUAUUCAGUGAAGCAAAGCAAAAGACUCGGCCUUGGGUACCGAGUUUCGAACAAUUUGAUGAAAUAUAGAUCUGUUGUGAUUAGGGAUGUUAAUUCUGGGCUUUAGCCCACUGGGUACCCAAAACCCACGUCAAAUAGUACUAAGUCCAUGGAUCUACUUUUUAUCUUAAAAAACGCGGGUUUAAAACGGGUCGGGUAUCCGAAUCAAGAGAAUCUUAUACGGGUUUACCUUAUCGGGUUAUGGAUACCCGUGGGUUUUUGUUUUUUAAUUCAUUCUAACAAAAACGACGUAGUUUCUUCUUAGAGACACGAUCUUUCUCAGAAACCCUAAACGCCCAAAUUCGAUUCUUCUCAGAGAGACACGAUUUUUCCUCUUCACCUUCAGAUUCUUCCUCUUCACCAUAAGAUUCUUCCUCUUCACCAUCAGAUUCUUCUUCUUCACCUUCAGAUUCGAUUGAAACUUCGGAGGCACGUGCGGAGUGGUGAGCUGGAGGCUAAAAGAUUCUCUGUGACGGAAGUCGUUGUUAACGUCGUUACUUUUAUGCAUUAUAAGAGCAAAUGUUAGCUCACAGUUUUAUUAUGCAAAAAAACUUGUUCUCUGUAACUUUCUAGAAGUUUCUGGGUUGUUCUUCAUCGUUUUGCUGGAUUUCCUUCACGGAGUCUUGCAGAGCUACUCAUCCUCGGAAACAAUGGUGGCUAAGUUAAGAUCGCGUUUAUUACAAACCAAUCCGGCGGAUGCAGAAGCUUCGGAGUUAGAUCAGAGCACGGAGGAGACGAUCAACUCACGAUUGGACUUGAUUCUUAACCGGACUCAAGCUCUGGAGGUAUCUGUAGCUGAACAAAACAAAAAAAUCGAUAAAAACAUUGCCGAUAUGUUUGAAAUUGUUAAAUCGAUGAGGUCAAAUCAAGCUUCAUCUAGUGGAAAAAUUGGUGCGGAUAAGAACUAUACGGCAGUAUCGGCGACGCCGGGUUCUUUUGAUGAUAGUUCCAGUCAACCUCGUGGUUAUAAACCUGGACCACAGGCUUCUUACGCUGGAGUCACACGUAUCGGAAAAGUGGAUUUUCCCAGAUUUGAUGGGAAUCGGGCUCGUGAUUGGUUGUUUCAGGUGGAGGAGUUUUUCGAGGUUGAUCAUACACCAAAGGAUAUGAAGGUGAAGUUGGCCGCCAUUCAUUUUAAUGGAAAGGCAGCGACAUGGCACCGAUCUUUGCUUCAUACUCCAGGAACCAAAAGAGUUCUGCGGGAUUGGGAAGCUUAUAAACUGGAGUUGAUGGAUAGAUUUGAGGAUGUUUUGGAUGAUCCGAUUUCUGAGUUAAAACAACUUCAAGAGACUAAUGGUAUUGUUUAGUAUCAUGACAAAUUUGAGUUGAUAAAAAAUCGAUUAGAUCUUUCUGAAGAUUA